CGCUAUGCCUGUGCCACCCAUGCCCCAUUAUCAUCCAUUAAGCUCUCCCAUCGCCAUUAUUGAGCAAUCCAUCAACUCAACUUCGUCUCCAAGACGCCGCCAAAGGACUGUCUCUCAUUCCCUACGCCGCAGACGCAACUCAUCACGCGUAGAAUGUCGCGUUGAUCCCGCCCCACACGUCUUCGACCAGCUGCCAUGGAUAUCAGCUCUCGAAUGCACCCCUCAAUUCACUAAUCCAUGGGACAUCGCAGACCUGUCUCAAAUUCCAGAUCCCUUUCCUUCAGACAUGUCAUCGUCUAUCCCCUUAUCGGGUCCCGUACGUCGUCGGAAGAGUUCGCUAAGGACGAAUCCAAUAUCCUCCUCUUCCGACUACUCCCUACCCCCAUCCACACGCGAUACCUCACUCAGCCCCUAUUUAUCGCCUUCUGUAACAACACCUCGUUCGCGGUUCAACCCCUCUCGGAUUCUCUUUCAGAACCUUAUGCCUGUAUCUUAUGACCCUCAUCAGCAGGGACCGAAUCAAUGCAUCCCUUCCUUCGACUUUUGACCCUGUGGCGAGCCCUGCUUCUGCUUUCGACCUUCCUUUCGCUGCAAACCAUCCUCUGACUCUCAUGCUUUCUCAACCCCUUGAAAUCAAGCAAUAACAACAACAACUCUAUGCUGCAAACCAUCGUUCGACUCACAUGCUCUUUAUGCCUUGCAAUCAAUCAAAUUUCGUUACGUUCUUUUCGCAUUCUCCCUGCAAUCAUCAAGCAAAUUAACAUCAUUUCCCAUCACAACAUCUACCCUAAUCAUCAUCCCAAACCAAUAUUCAUAUAUAUACUGUAUCCUGCACACGGCUUUUACUUUCGUUCGAUCUGCCCUUUGUGAUUUAUUCGUUGCACGAACCACACCCACCCAUAUAUAGUUCGCAUCCCAUCUACGACGUUUGCUGCGCACUACAUACAUAUAUCUUUCAAGCAAUCGUUGUCCUCGCUUUUCCAAUCUGCUUUACUCAUGGACAACCUGCAGACAAUCAUUUCCCGAUACGAUAGCACAUUGAAAUCCAGAUGACGUACCCCUCG